GGAGCCAUGAGCAGCGCCGUGCUCCUCGCCCACCUCCCCGACCCCAGCAGCAGCUUCAGGGAAGACGCCCCCMGACCCCCUGUCCCGGGGGAGGAAGGAGAAGCACCAUGCCCGCAACUCUCCAGCUCGUUUUUCCCCAAAAGCCAAAGCUUCCAGGCCAUGCCGGUGCCUCCUGCCCCGCGGAGGAAUGAGAACGGACUCGGGGAGCCGGAGGGCAGCGCGUCCCCGGACUCCCCUCUGGCCAGAUGGACCAAAUCCUUGCAUUCCCUCUUGGGAGAUCAAGAUGGUGCCUAUCUUUUUCGGACCUUUCUGGAAAGGGAAAAAUGUGUGGAUACCUUAGAUUUCUGGUUUGCCUGCAAUGGCUUCAGGCAGAUGGACCUUAAGGAUACCAAAACUUUACGAGUAGCCAAAGCUAUUUACAAAAGGUACAUCGAGAACAACAGCAUCGUSUCCAAGCAGCUCAAACCUGCCACCAAGACCUACAUAAGGGACAGCAUCAAGAAGCAGCAGAUAGAUUCCAUCAUGUUUGAUCAGGCACAGACUGAGAUUCAGACCGUGAUGGAGGAAAAUGCUUACCAGAUGUUUUUAACUUCUGAYAUAUACCUCGAAUAUGUACGGAGUGGUGGAGAGAAUCCUGCUUACAUGAACAGCAACGGACUGGGGAGCUUAAAAGUUGUCUGUGGCUAUCUCCCGACCUUGAAUGAAGAAGAGGAGUGGAGCUGUGCAGACUUUAAAAGCAAAAUCUUGCCUUCGGUAGUUGGACUAUCCAGCAAGACGUUGAGGGUUACAGCGAAUGUCAGAGCCACGGAAACGAUCGAGAACGGAUACAGGUCCUUCAAGAGGAGCGACCCCGUUAACCCAUACCACGUGAACUCGGGCUAUGUCUUCGCCCCGGCCACCAGCGCCAACGACAGCGAGAUCUCCAGCGAUGCCCUGACCGACGACUCCAUGUCCAUGACCGACAGCAGCGUAGAUGGGAUCCCCCCGUACAGGAUUGGGAGCAAGAAGCAGCUCCAGCGGGAGAUGCACCGCAGCGUCAAGGCCAACGGUCAAGUGUCUCUACCUCAUUUUCCGAGGACCCACCGGCUUCCCAAGGAGAUGACCCCGGUGGAGCCAGCCGCCUUCGCCGCCGAGCUCAUUUCCCGGCUGGAGAAGCUGAAGCAGGAGCAGGAAACCAUGGACUGCCUGGAGGAGAGGCUGCAGCAGAUCAAGGAGGAUGAGGAGAAGGACGGCGCCGAGCUGACCGCCGGCCCGCAGAGCAGCCGGGASAUGGCCCAGCACCCGCAGCACCCGCUGUCACUGCUGCCCUCGGGCAGCUACGAGGAGGACCCGCAGGCCAUCCUGGACGAGCACCUGUCCCGUGUGCUMAAAACGCCCGGCUGCCAAUCGCCCGGCGUGGGCCGGCACAGCCCCCGCGCCCGCUCGCCCGACCGGCCGCCCCUGGCCAAACUGCCGGCCGGCACGGCCUCGCUGGCCGCCUGCGCCCUGCUGGGCAAGGGCUUGGUCACCAAGCAGACCACCAAGCAYGUGCACCACCACUACAUCCACCACCACGCCGUGCCCAAGAGCAAGGAGCAGAUYGAGGCCGAGGCGGCGCAGCGCGUGCAGUGCUGCUGCCCGGCGGGCGGCGACUACUACUGCUACCCCAAGUGCAAGGGGCACCCCAAAAACACUGACCCGCCUCUCCCUGCGCUGGAUCCCUUCGGCAGGACGGGGACGCUGCUGAAGAGGCCGGGCCGAGGAGUGGACAGCACAGCCCCGGUGGCCGGGGACGGGGGGCUGCCCGGUCCCGGUGGGGCRCAGCUGCCGGGGGGCGAAGCGGACCGGGCACAGAACGUCUGGCAGUGGAUGCUGGAGAGCGAGAGACAAAAUAAGCACAARCCCCAUAGCGCACAAAGCACAAAGAAGGCCUACGGCUCCGAGUGUGCCAAGGGGGCCCCYGGGCGCCACCACCCCUGGGGGACAGGCAGCCACCCCCGCGGGGCACAGCCCGCCCAUCCCUUCGUGCAGGACCCUGCCAUGCCCCCGCUGACGCCGCCCAACACGCUGGCCCAGCUGGAGGAAGCGUGUCGCCGCCUGGCCGAGGUGUCCAAACCCCCAAAACCACGAUGUUCAACCUCAAAUCAGCAGAGGGACCGAAACCACUCCGCUGCCAUCCAGGGGGGAAGCACCCCUUUCUGCAAUGCAAGUCUGAUGACAGAAGAUCACAAAGAGCCAAAGAAACUUCCAGUUGUUCACACCUCCCAGUCGGGUGAGCUGGUUGUCACCUAUUUUUUUUGYGGAGAAGAAAUUCCCUACAGGAGGAUGCUAAAGGCCCAGAGCCUGACACUUGGGCACUUUAAAGAGCAGCUGAGCAAAAAGGGAAAUUACAGAUACUACUUCAAAAAAGCCAGUGACGAGUUUGACUGCGGGGCAGUGUUUGAGGAGAUUUGGGAAGAUGAAACCAUCCUGCCCAUGUACGAAGGGAGGAUCCUCGGGAAGGUGGAAAGGAUCGAUUGACGGCACCUGCAUUUCCUGGGAAAAGCUAAGCCAGAGAAGUCUUUGGACACACAACAGUAGUGAUGACGAGGAAAGGAAAGGAAGACAAAAAAAAAAAAAAUCUCUGAAGGAAAAGUUUUGAACCAAUGAAGAAAAAAAAAAAAAGUGAAGUCGACGAAGACUUUGCAGAAUUAGCCUUAGAGGAGAAAAAUGGCAUUUAUUAUUCAUGAGUUGGGUACUGAGAUGAUAAAAACCCUGGACUAUUUAUUAGAAACAUGACCACUGUUGGCUAUUGGAGAUGCAGACCGUGUUUGAGAGACUUCCAUACAUAAUAUAUGAUUUCCUGGGGAUCUGAAAUCUAUGGACUAAGAGAAACUGUGUAUAGCUUACCUUAACAGUAAUCCUUAUUGAUAUUUAUUGAACAGUCUGUUUUCCCUUAAGUCCAGUUUUUGGAUAUGCUGCUUUAACAAUGGAGAAGAGAGGGGCUGGGAACUGGGGUGAGGGGAGGAAGGAUUAUUUUAUUUUUUUACGUUUUUCCCACUCUCUAAAGUUCAGGAGUUUGGCGAUGAGCGCAUUCGUGAUGACUUUUUUGUUUUUUUUUGAAAAGGGGGAGGAGGGAAGGAGUGAGGUCGUGCCCAAUAUUUCUCCAAGUGAAGAUAAAACUUUCCUAUAAAAAAUAAUAUUAAUAAUAAUAAUAAUAGUAAUAAUAAAAGCCGAAAUAAAAAUACUGUCCUACCAUUCAUCUAGAGACCGGUGCAUUUUAAUCUAUGCUGCUCUAAUUUGAAAUAAAGGUCUUAAGCAUUAAUAAUUUAGAUGCAAUAUAACACCACUACCAACCACAAGUGGUUAUUUUGUCCAUGGAUUUCGGCGGGGUGAAGUUUUUUGCUUUUUGCUGCUCUCAGCUCUAUCCAAGGCAGAGCAAAACCCCGAGCUUGGAAAAACUGUAGGAGAGGCCAUCCCAUUCCUGUGUCUGUGUUUAGCACACCAAAAGGUUAAAAAAUGGUGGUUUUUUAGCACACCAAAAGGUUAUAAAAUGGUGUUUUUAAAAACCAGAGUGAAGGUUUUUAGCUCUUGGUUGUUAGCACUACUUGUGUCCCAAGGCCGUGUUCUCAGCUCGGUG